AUGAAUGUUGAUGAAAUAUAUUCGAAUGUUUCUAGAAAACUUUUAAAUGCUUACAGGAUCAUCGUAUUAAAAAAAUCUAAGCAGUUUUGUCCUGGUGAAGAUCUAAGAUACCGAACUUUAUUGAGUACUAAUGCUUUCGCAAGGAAACUUGAUUCGCUGCGUAAAUCAUUAUGCUACAGAUAUGAUAAUGAAAAUUGGCAUGCCCAAGUUUUCGAUGCAUUGAACCUUGAGCUAAUCUACCAAAAUGUUGAUUCCAGUGGGGUUGGGUCGACGGCCUCUGAAGAUUACGAAGACAGAUUAGUAAAGGAACUUCUGAGGUACUUCAAAGAGGAUUUCUUUACGUGGUGUGAUCGACCUAAGUGCACAGUAUGUGAUAGUGUAGAAUUUCAGCGUGCAGUAGGACAGGGAAUGCCUAAUCAGGAUGAAGCUCAAUAUGAAUGCGGUGUAGUGGAAUUAUAUCACUGUGACAAAUGUGGUGGAGUCACCCGCUUCCCUCGUUACAAUGACCCUAUUAAACUACUGGAGACACGCACUGGAAGAUGUGGAGAAUGGUGUAAUCUUUUCACCCUAGUGUUGAAAUCUUUUGGAAUCGAAACGAGAUAUAUUUGGAAUAAAGAAGACCAUGUUUGGUGUGAAGUCUAUUCAAAUUAUUUGAAGCGCUGGGUUCAUGUGGAUUCUUGUGAAAAGAGCUUUGAUGAACCCUUUAUAUAUUCUAUUAAUUGGAACAAAUCUAUGAGUUAUGUUAUUGCAUUUUCAUGUGAUAGCGUUAAAGAUGUUAGUAACAGAUAUAUCCUGAAGAACCAGCUUGUCAGAGAUCAAAUAAACGAAGAUGAUUUACAUUUCCUGUUGGAUUAUAUGACCAAAACAUUUAGAAAGUCUUUGUCCGAUGAAUAUGUAUACCUUUUAAGCUGCCGUGAUGAACUUGAAGAUAUAGAACUUCUUAAGACUGGCCUGCCUUCUAGCACUACUUCAGCUGCUGUUGGCAGAGAAAGUGGCUCAACACAAUGGAAAAAACAGAGGGGCGAAGACGGUAACUAA